AAGGGUGGAUGUAUAUAAAGCCCUACCAGAAAUAUAAUAAUAUGAUCAUUGUCAAGAGGGCGCUUUUAUUUUAUUCUCAUGUAUAGUUCAGUUUAGAACGAAAAAUUUUGUUCCAAUGAAAUUCCGCAAUAUGGCGCGUGAUCGUAUAUUACUGAGAGCCUACCGCGAACCACGUUCGAUGUUUUGCCUCCCUGUCACACUUACGUACGAAUUUACAAGUGCGACAGAGAGGCAACACGUCGAACGUGGUUCGAAAACCGAAAUUCGCAAAUUGCGGGGAUCUUUCUCUUUUAUUCUUAGUAAGACGUAAUCAGAGUGACAGAGAAAAAUGCCCGCAAUUGACGAAUUUCGAUUUUCCCGGUAGCCGUCCUGGUCUUUCUCGCAAUGUUUUUGUUCUCUCAUUCGGGCAUGUUCUCGAGAACGGCACAUCUCUAGCAACAUAUCAAAUGUCACUUGAGCAAAAGUAAAAGUUUUUUGUUUUUGGUUAUUCGCGAUAACCGAAACGGCUACAUACGUGUUUUACUUUUACUAUUCGCGUUAAAGAUUAAUAUGACUAAAAAAAGCUAUGUCUCAUGAAAGUGACAACAUGGAUGAGAAAAUUAUGAACUCGUGCCCUAACUGUUGUAAAACAUACACUUUGAAAAGUCUUGCACCGGAACUGAAAUCGAAUAUUCCGCUUUUCAUAAAAUGUGGGCACUCCAUAUGCGAAUGUUGCGUUCGCAACAUUGUGAAGUCCGGCGAGCCGAUUGAGUGCAAGAUAUGCCUACGGACGAUGGAGAUCAAGACUACGGAUAUCACUAAUCUUCUACAGAAUAAGAUACAGUUGUACAGUCUGUUCCCUGUGAAUGUGAAUGUGCUGGGGGAGCUUGCACUUAAGAUGAUUGUGGAAAAUUCUGGAGUAGAAGAGAAGAAAACAGAAGAAUAUUUUAUAGAUUUGCAAGCCAUACUUGACAGCACUGACCAGACUCAAGGCCAAUGUUUAGAAUGUCACAGUGCAACAACAAAAAUGUGCCAACAAUGUGCCACUGUCAUAUGUGUCUCCUGCUUCGAAAAGUCACACAAGAACUUUGUGGUGUUCAAGAACCAUGUUUUGCAGAAUAUUGAACUACAAGUUGCAACUAAUAAUUGCAAAAUCCAUUGCCAGAAAUCGCUAGAGUAUUACUGUAAAGAUUGUGCCAAGUCGGUUUGCAUGGAUUGUCUGAUGGUCGGUUCUGAGAAGUCUUGCAAGAACCAUGAUGUGGUGUCUGUUCUUGAAAUUAAUGAGAAAUUUUUAUCAGACUUACGUGAAAUACUUCCCCAAGUUGACACUACAUUCCGGAGGCUAACCAAAACCGCAGUAGACAUUGGUCACCAUCUCGUCAAGAUGGAUAACGACAAUGGGUCGCCCGAGCUGCUCCAGGUGACGGCGAGCAUCGAGCAGCAUUUCUCGAAAUUGCAGGCGGUAGUGCAGACCCACCGACAAGAGGUAAUGGGGAACAUCUCCCGGCUGCGGCGCAUCGAACGCGAGUCGCUACUACGCGUCAGAGAUGAGGUGGCUACCGCUAUCAAGCAGUCCAAGCAAGUCAUGAACGCAUUGAAGUCGGCUCUGGAGUGCGAGAAGAGCCAAACGACGAAUCUAUCGGCGCUCCUUGAAGAAGCUAAAAGCAUAGUUGACAGACCCUGGUGUUUGACCAAAGAAGAAUCCGACAAGGACAAACUGAAGGUGUGCGUGAGCGAGGAGCUGUGCCUGCUGGUGAGCGACUACGUGCAGCUGGUGGGCAACGCGCAGGCGCGCUACGGGCUGCGCUGCUCCCGCCAGCUGCCCGCCGUGCCGCCGCCGCCGCACCAGCCGGUCUUCCCUCCGACAAUUCCUAGAGGUCUUGAGUUAAAGAAAGCUGCCAUUCAGACAGCUAUGCCAUUUACCGAAAAAAAACCGUCGAUUGAAUUAAAAGCAGGGACGCAAGAACAGGCCCGCAUCACCUACAUGCAAGACCCACACAAUUUCUACGUGCGACGCGUGCGAGACGACGCGACGCUCUCGAAAAUUGAGGACCAACUCCAUGAAAAUAUUGGAUGGUUGACGCGCGAAGAUACUAUCUGUAUCGGAAAAAUAUAUGCUGUCAAACACGAGUACCCAUGGAAACGUGGGCGCAUCGAUAGAAUAGACAUAGACGAAGCAACGAGCCAGUUCAAGUACCGUGUCACCUUCAUCGACUUUGGAAACGCGGUCAGCGUCAGUGUGGACCGGCUGCUUGAAAUACCGGCGGCGUUGUCAGACCGCCCUGCGCUGGCGCUGCGCUGCCAGCUCGCCAACUGCGAGCCCGACGGCUCCUGGCACCCCCACGACACCGCCCUAAUGCUACGGAUUGUGGACAACUCGCCGGUGACGCUCCAUGUACGACGCGCAGGCGCGUGUAGUGAGUGCGACGUGACGACGCACGCCGGCCUCAGCGUCGCGCACGUGCUCCGCUUCCACGCGCGGGCCGUGCUCGUGGACCCCUCGCUACCGGUCAGUACUAUACCCAGUUCGGCGACGCUCCGCGUGCAGCGAGUGGGACGUGACGACGCACGCCGGCCUCAGCGUCGCGCACGUGCUCCGCUUCCACGCGCGGGCCGUGCUCGUGGACCCCUCGCUACCGGUCAGUACUAUACCCAGUUCGGCGACGCUCCGCGUGCAGCGAGUGGGACGUGACGACGCACGCCGGCCUCAGCGUCGCGCACGUGCUCCGCUUCCACGCGCGGGCCGUGCUCGUGGACCCCUCGCUACCGGUCAGUACUAUACCCAGUUCGGCGACGCUCCGCGUGCAGCGAGUGGGACGUGACGACGCACGCCGGCCUCAGCGUCGCGCACGUGCUCCGCUUCCACGCGCGGGCCGUGCUCGUGGACCCCUCGCUACCGGUCAGUACUAUACCCAGUUCGGCGACGCUCCGCGUGCAGCGAGUGGGACGUGACGACGCACGCCGGCCUCAGCGUCGCGCACGUGCUCCGCUUCCACGCGCGGGCCGUGCUCGUGGACCCCUCGCUACCGGUCAGUACUAUACCCAGUUCGGCGACGCUCCGCGUGCAGCGAGUGGGACGUGACGACGCACGCCGGCCUCAGCGUCGCGCACGUGCUCCGCUUCCACGCGCGGGCCGUGCUCGUGGACCCCUCGCUACCGGUCAGUACUAUACCCAGUUCGGCGACGCUCCGCGUGCAGCGAGUGGGACGUGACGACGCACGCCGGCCUCAGCGUCGCGCACGUGCUCCGCUUCCACGCGCGGGCCGUGCUCGUGGACCCCUCGCUACCGGUCAGUACUAUACCCAGUUCGGCGACGCUCCGCGUGCAGCGAGUGGGACGUGACGACGCACGCCGGCCUCAGCGUCGCGCACGUGCUCCGCUUCCACGCGCGGGCCGUGCUCGUGGACCCCUCGCUACCGUAUCCGGAGUUGGCAAGCGUAGCACCGUUGCGGCUGCAACCAGCGGACACCACGAUUCGAAAAACGAGCGGCGCCGACGUGAUCAUCACACACGUCGUGUCGCCGGACAAGUUCUACGUCAGAGAGAGUCGCUUGCAAGCGGACUACGUGAAGCUUUGCGAGGAAUUGAACAACGCUUACGACGUUCGGGACGAGAGCGAUCUCAUUUUCCUGCCAAAGGAGGGUUCGGUGUGCGUGGCGCUAGUGGGCGAGGAAGCAGGCAUGUUCUGGGCGCGCGCACAGGUGCUGUCGGCGAGCGUGGCGUCCGCAGUGCGCGUGUGGCUGCCCGACACGGGCCGCCAGCUGUCCGUGCCGUGGCACCGCCUGCGCGCCGUGCGGCCCCGCUUCACUGCGCUCCGAGCGCUGGUCAGUCGGUAACUAGUCGCCGGGGACGGUGUGUGUAGCGUCCGUAGUGCGGCUGCCCCACACGGGCCGCCAGCUGUCCGUGCCGUGGCACCGCCUGCGCGCCGUGCGGCCCCGCUUCACUGCGCUCCGAGCGCUGGUCAGUCGGUAACUAGUCGCCGGGGACGGUGUGUGUAGCGUCCGUAGUGCGGCUGCCCCACACGGGCCGCCAGCUGUCCGUGCCGUGGCACCGCCUGCGCGCCGUGCGGCCCCGCUUCACUGCGCUCCGAGCGCUGGUCAGUCGGUAACUAGUCGCCGGGGACGGUGUGUGUAGCGUCCGUAGUGCGGCUGCCCCACACGGGCCGCCAGCUGUCCGUGCCGUGGCACCGCCUGCGCGCCGUGCGGCCCCGCUUCACUGCGCUCCGAGCGCUGGUCAGUCGGUAACUAGUCGCCGGGGACGGUGUGUGUAGCGUCCGUAGUGCGGCUGCCCCACACGGGCCGCCAGCUGUCCGUGCCGUGGCACCGCCUGCGCGCCGUGCGGCCCCGCUUCACUGCGCUCCGAGCGCUGGUCAGUCGGUAACUAGUCGCCGGGGACGGUGUGUGUAGCGUCCGUAGUGCGGCUGCCCCACACGGGCCGCCAGCUGUCCGUGCCGUGGCACCGCCUGCGCGCCGUGCGGCCCCGCUUCACUGCGCUCCGAGCGCUGGUCAGUCGGUAACUAGUCGCCGGGGACGGUGUGUGUAGCGUCCGUAGUGCGGCUGCCCCACACGGGCCGCCAGCUGUCCGUGCCGUGGCACCGCCUGCGCGCCGUGCGGCCCCGCUUCACUGCGCUCCGAGCGCUGGUCAGUCGGUAACUAGUCGCCGGGGACGGUGUGUGUAGCGUCCGUAGUGCGGCUGCCCCACACGGGCCGCCAGCUGUCCGUGCCGUGGCACCGCCUGCGCGCCGUUCGGCCCCGCUUCACUGCGCUCCGAGCGCUGGUCAGUCGGUAACUAGUCGCCGGGGACGGUGUGUGUAGCGUCCGUAGUGCGGCUGCCCCACACGGGCCGCCAGCUGUCCGUGCCGUGGCACCGCCUGCGCGCCGUGC